CUCACCGCUGCAGAAGCUCAGAACGCAAAGAAGAAGCCAUGAGGACCACGCUGCUGAGGAUGCUGGGCGCCCUGGUGUGUGUGAUGGGGGCCUGCGCCCAAGUCUCGCCUGUGGAAGACUUUGACCUGGACAAGAUGGCAGGCAAGUGGUAUAUUGUUGGCUUUGCCACUAACGCCCAGUGGUUCGUGAACCACAAGGCCGAGAUGAAGAUGGGCACCGCCAUGGUGGUGCCAACCGCAGGGGGCGUGGACCUCACCUAUGCCACCCUGAAAGCCGACGGUACCUGCUGGAGAAUGACUCACCUCACAAACAAAACCGAGACCCCCGGACGCUUCACCUUCCACAGCCAGAUUUGGAGCAACGACAAUGACAUGCGCGUUGUCGACGUGGUGUACGACGACUACGCUCUGGUGCACACCAUCAAGACCAAAGGAGAAGCGGUCGAGGUCCUCAACCAGCUUUACAGUCGCACUCCUCAGGUCAGUGACGUCCUGCAGCAGAAGUUUACCCAGCUGUCCCUGGACCAUGGCAUCCUCCCAGACAACAUCGCCUUCUUGCCUCUGAUUGGUGAGUGUGCCGAGCCGGAGGCCUGAGGAGCGCCCUGCUACGCCCACCCUUCAUCGCUUGCUGGAAGCUUUCUUAUCAGAGGAAACAUUUUGCAUCAUCUCAAAGCUUCACUGGGGACGGUGAAACAUCAGCAUUCCACAUAAUACCAAAGACUAAUUCUGAUCAUAGCUCAGGCUUCGCUUCUUCACACUUGCCUUAACUGUGCCAUCAGAGUGGCACCAAAGAGAGCCACUAGCAAAUCAAACGUUUUGUACUGUUUUUUUUGAUCAUAUGGAUUCAAAACCAAUAAAAAACAUUGAAUCAA